CGCACUGGUGAUGUGUUGCUCCCAUCCCAGUCCCAGACACGAGCCACCAUUAAAAAUCUGCUGCGACUCCCUUUUAAGUUUUUGAUAUUUAUUUUAAUUACUGACAAUCGUCAAAUAAUCCGUGACGUGAAAAUCGCAGCCAUCAUUUCCAUGAUCAUGAUGAUGAUGAUGAUGAUGAUGGCUCGGAGCUGCGCCCGUCCUCGGUGAUGAUAAUCGAUAGACGGAUGCAGGUAGAGCCUUCCUCCUUAUACACAUGCAGCAGCAUCACCACGCAUCCAUCCUCUCUCUGCUGUGCCGUUUCCCUCCCCAUCUCCGGCACACAGAUGAGAAAUCGCCCGUGGGGGGCCCUGCCUAUUGAUCUCUGAACAUCUAGAGCACCUCAUAUUUGUUUUACAAGGCAGAGACGAGCAGUCGGUGGCCGCAACAGGGGAGAGAGGCAGGAGCAGAGCCCGGACGGACCACUGACACCUUGCUUCGCGGCAUCGAUAUGCAGUAGAGUGAUAGCAGCUCUGCGGAGACGUGGAGGCCAGUCCAUGGCAUCUUGAUAUUAAAAUCGUGGGCUCUGCGCAUUCCUAACCAAUAGCGCAGUUUUUUUUAUUUCUCACUUUUUUAUUCUUAUCCCCCCUCCUCGUCCUCCUCCACUGGAAUUGAAAGGAUUAACUUGACCGACAUCAAAAAAGAGGAGGGCGGCUGAGUGAGGAAAUCUCAAUAAUUGAAUUUGUCCAGAUUCCGUUCGGGGGGAUUGGUGGUGGGGAUCCUUGGACCUGCGAUGGACACCGGCGCGGGGGAAUAUGGCAUGGCUCGUUUUGGUUUCUUGGUGGUUCUGAUGGGGCUGUGGAGAUUCAGCGAUGCUUGCCCCGAAUCAUGCACUUGCAGCAUCUCAAGGAUUGUUUGUAUUGAUUCCGAACCAGGCAUCGAGGAUUUCCCCGUGCUCACGUUGGAUGACAUGGAAAACAUCACCGAGAUACACAUCGCCAAUCAAAACAGACUGUUUGACAUCAGCGACAGCAGCCUGAGGAACUACAUCAACCUCAGAAACCUAACUAUUACAAAAACACGACUGACAUCUAUAUCAUCAGAUGCGUUUUACAACAACACAAGACUUCAAUAUGUAAACCUCCGAGACAACAACCUUUCCAUGCUGUCAUGGAGAACGUUUCAGAACUUUAACAUUUCUUAUCCGCUUCUCCUGGCUGGAAACCCGUUGGACUGCGUUUGUGAGAACUUGUGGAUCAAACUGAGACUCCAAGAAGAAAUGGAAAGUUCAGAACUGACGUGCACCGAUGAAAGGGGAGUGACGAUGGACUUUGCCACACUCACGCCACCAGACUGUGUGGUUCCCAAAGUAGAAGUCAUCCCUAAGACGGUGACUGAGAUGGAGGGGGGUAAUGCCCAAGCUGUGUGUACUGCCUCGGGUUCCCCGGUUCCCCUGAUCCAGUGGAACCUUGACAUGCUCUCAACGCACUUUGAGAUUGAAUCUUUGGACAUGGAGAACAGCCUCUCGUUGACGGGCCUUUCUCCAGACGAUAACGGAAAAGUGAUCGUGUGCAGCGCUGAGAACAUGGUGGGCCAGGACGAGGCCACGCUGCUGCUCAAUAUUCUCUUUCCCCCCACCAUCCAGCACCUGCUGUCUCCGGAGCGGGACCACCACUGGUGCAUCCCGUUCACCGUGACGGGGAACCCCAAACCUGUGCUGCACUGGUACCACGAGAACAAGCUGCUGGAGGAGCAGGACUACAUCCGCACCAUGAUCCACGAGUCCACUGAGAACGAGGACCACGGCUGCCUGCAGCUGGUCAACCCCACUCACAUUCACAAUGGCGAGUACCGGCUGGUGGCCAAGAAUGAGUUCGGCCGGGAUGAGAAGACGGUCCUCGCCCAGUUCAUCGAUCCACCAAACAUCAGCCACCCAGGUUCUUUUCCUAUAAUUAUUGUUUCGCUUUGUUUUUCCUCAGACCCACCCCUUCCUCCUCUAGAUGACAGUGUUGCAGUGUAUGUAGUUGUGGGAAUCGCAGGAGUGGCCCUAACUGGCUGUGUUCUGAUGGUCAUCAUCCUUAAAUACGGAAGAAACUCAAAGUUUGGGAUUAAAGGCUCCUCCUCAGUAAUCAGUAAUGACGAUGACUCUGCCAGCCCUCUUCAUCACGUCUCCAAUGGCAACAACACCCCGUCGUCCUCGGAGAUGGGUCCAGAUGCAGUGAUCAUUGGAAUGACAAAGAUUCCUGUCAUUGAGAAUCCGCAGUACUUCCGUAACUCGGGCAGCAUGCUGAAAUCCGACACGUUUGUUCAUCACAUCAAAAGACACAACAUCGUGUUAAAGCGGGAGCUGGGAGAAGGAGCCUUUGGGAAGGUCUUCCUAGCAGAGUGCUACAACCUGGUCCCAGACCAGGAGAAGAUCCACGUGGCUGUCAAGACUCUGAAGGAGGCUACCGAGAGCGGCCGAGCAGACUUCUACAGAGAGGCGGAGCUUCUGACAAAUCUGCAGCACGAGCACAUUGUCACCUUCUACGGAGUGUGUGUGGAGAGCGACCCGCUCAUCAUGGUGUUUGAAUACAUGAAGCACGGAGACCUGAACAAGUUCCUCAGGUCCCACGGUCCUGACGCAGUCCUCAUGGCAGACGGUCAGCACAGCAUCCUCGUGGAGCUCACUCAGUCCCAGAUGCUGCACAUUGCCCAACAGAUUGCUGCUGGCAUGGUCUACCUGGCCUCCCAGCAUUUUGUCCACAGAGACUUGGCAACAAGAAACUGCCUGGUAGGAGAAAACCUGCUGGUCAAGAUAGGAGACUUUGGCAUGUCGAGAGAUGUCUACAGCACAGACUACUACAGAGUGGGCGGUCACACGAUGCUGCCGAUUCGCUGGAUGCCCCCAGAGAGCAUCAUGUAUCGGAGGUUCACCACGGAGAGUGACGUGUGGAGCCUUGGAGUGGUGCUGUGGGAGAUCUUCACCUACGGAAAGCAGCCCUGGUACCAGCUUUCCAACAACGAGGUGAUCGAGUGCAUCACUCAGGGCCGAGUGCUGCAGCGACCUCGUACCUGUCCUAAAGAGGUGUACGACCUGAUGCUGGGCUGCUGGCAGAGGGAGCCCUACAUGAGGCUGAACAUCAAGGAGAUCCACAGCAUGCUGCAGAGCCUGGCUAAGGCCUCACCUGUGUACCUGGAUAUACUGGGCUGAUGCCCCGGCAUCCCUGUAUGUACUGGUGUGUGUGUGUGUGUGUGUGUGUGUGUGUGUGUGUGUGUGUGUGUGUGUGUGUGUGUGUGUGUGUGUGUGUGUGUGUGUGUGUGUGUGUGUGUGUGUGUGUGUGUGUGUGUGUGUGUGACAGCACAUUUUUAAGGAAGAUGGUUGAUGGUUGUGUGACUGUGUUUGUGUACAGGAAACGGCUGUAAAUGUGAUUUUAGAUGCUAACUGUCCUCAUAACGCGGAGACAAACCUUACAUUUUUAGUUUUCCUUAAUUUCUAGUCGCUAAUUCUACGCGAUAUGAAAAAAGGCAAAAGAAGAUAACCAUGUGCUCACAAAUUUCUGUCAUUUCCCCUAAACUUUUAAGUAUUGCGACACCAACAACAACAAAAAAGCUAAAGAGGAAGGCAUCUCAUCCUGCUAUUUACUUCUGUGUGUUUCAUGUUUGCCAGGAACAAACAAAUGCAAAAACAUGAUAUGUUCCUUUACAGACAUUAGUGUUAAGUGAUCUGGUCACAUGAAAACAUUUGAAAUGUGUGAAAAUUUUAUUUUACAUUUUAACAGUUUUUUCAAAGUAAUUUCUUGUGAUUUUUUUGUUACAUCUGCUCAGAUUUAACCACUAAUCUAAAACAAUGUUCUGCAUCAUUUGUGCCGAUUUUAAAAACAUCAUUAUAAAAUCUUAGGAAUGCAAAUGUUUUAUUUAAUUUUGGCUUCACAUCCACAUUCAGAACGGAUGAGUGCAUUUUUGUCAUUUGUUGGCCCGUUUCUGUUCUGUGCAGGUUAUUGAUGAGAUGCUUUGUGAAAUGGACCAACAGAUCAGUCUGAUGCAGAUUACCGUGCUCUUGUGGACUAAGAAAAACAUUUUUUCAGUGCUUUUGGUUUUUUAAUUUUCAUCAAGUAUCAAAACAGCAUCAAACUGGUUUUUGAGGUGACUCUGAGGUGCUCCUGCCUGUUAGCUGCUGAUACAUCCUACAUCUUAUUUUUUAUGUUGAAUUCUCUAAAAUGCACUUGUGUGAUGCUUUUGAUUGUUUCAUGAAGGAAAAACAUGGUUCAAGUGUACAAUUUCUGUAUAAAUAUUUGCAAAAAAAACCAACAAAAACAGUUGUCCAGGUCCAACCAAUCAUCAUGUUUUACUAAAUGAAGAUGUACAGAAUUAAGAUGAUGUUUGUCAGGUGCACUUUGUAGCAUUUUGUAACCCACAACCUCCGAACGUUCUCCAUCUUGGCCUCUGCUGUGAUGAAAAACAUCAUAACAUCUGUGUGGAAGCUGAUUUACACCAUUGUCUUGGAUGAAAACAAAGAUUUCUUUGUGUGUGUGUGUGUGUGUGUGUGUGUGUGUGUGUGUGUGUGUGUGUGUGUGUGUGUGUGUGUGUGUGUUGCUCUGUUUCUUUUUUUAUACAAUGUUCUGUGUCUUGCUGUAUAUAAAACAGCUGUACAGUUCUGAUAUUUGUCUAUAUCAAUAGUAGGCUAUAUUUAAUAAUGGUAUAAUCUGUUUUAAAGCAGGUAUGUCAAAACUGUGUGACAUCUAUCGAAGACAAUGUGUUAUGGGCCACUGGCAAUACAAACUAAAUGUAAAUACGAUUUUAAUUGUGCAGCGUUGUACGAUUUCUUUGUGCUCGUUCAUGAUACCAGUGAGAAUACAAUCCUCUUCGCAGCAACCUUUGAUCUUCAGAGGACUUUGUUGAAACAAUGUGAUUUUCUCUGAAGAAAAACAAAAAGAUUUCCUCUCCACUGUGAUGGAGAGCUCACAUUCUGACUGCCUGUUUGCGGGAGAAUCACAGACUAUAAACACCAGGAUCUCUCCUCGCCAGCAGGCAGGCAUCCCAGCAGAUGCAUGGUCAAUGGCGGAGAGGUCAAAUGUCGUCUCCCGUCCAACCACCUCUGACUGACUGUAGCCUAUUUGAUCCUCUUUCAGAUUAAUAACUGUGACUUUGCAUCAUGAAUAGUAUAUUAUUUUGAAUGUAUUCUAAAUGGGCGGGGUCCUUUUUUGAAUGUAAUGUAUUUAAGGGAGGGGGUGUUAAUAAUUUUCUUUUGUAAACAUACGCAAAAGAUGAAAAAAAGGACAGUUUUCAUUCCUGUGCAGACAAGUUUUACUUACAAAGAAAAUUCAAAGAGAGUGUGUUCGUGUGGAUUUGCACAUACAAAUGAGCGUGUGAGUGUGUGUGUGCGUGCUACCGGCAGAAUUGAUCCUGCUUCAAUCAGCCAGUUCUAUCAAUCAAGUCAAAGCUUAGUGCAUCAUGUGAGUAGCUUAUCCACAAUUAAUGGACAUGUUUCUUGUGAUACUGUGCAUUUAAUAAAGGUGGUAUGUCUUACAAUAAAAUAUGUGCCCUUC